AUGGGCGAUCUAUCCUUCGGCAAGUCCUUUAAUAUGCUUGUUGAUGGGAAGGCUGCCUAUAUCUUGAAGCAGCUGCAUUCAGAUAUGAAAAGCAUUGGCCUUUUUAGUCGCUUGACGUGGCUCUUCCCUUUCUUCAAGAGGAUUCCUGGGCUAAAUGCAGACUACCUUAUCACUGGAAACAAACCCGACCGCCCAUAUGUAUUCUCCUGGGUCCUUGCGGCAUAUGAAAGUGGCCCAAAGACAAAGCAAGAUCUCCUUGAUCUUCAUGGUGACGCCUAUCUGAUCGUGGUCGCGGGAAGUGAUACAACCGCGGCAACUCUGACCAACUUGUUUUUCUACAUUGCAAGUGAGCCUAGCUGGCAGGUGGAGCUCCAGAAAGAGCUUGAUGCAUUGUCGAACCUGUCUCAGGAUAAGCUUGUGGGACUGAACGUACUUGAGGCACUAAUCAAUGAAUCUCUCCGUUUGCAUCCUCCAGUACCUUCAGGCACCCAACGCAUGACACCUUCUGAGGGCAUCACCAUCGGGGAUCAGUAUAUUCCUGGGGACGUCAUGGUGUGCAUUCCAUCACAUACGAUUUUCCGAGACGGCCGCAUCUUUGAUCGUCCUAAGGAAUUUCUGCCCGAGAGGUGGACUACGCAGCCAGAACUUGUCAAGGACCCGUCUGCCUUUAUCCCCUUCAAUGCCGGUAUGACUUUGAACCGCUUACACUACCUUCCCAACCCCAUCUUCAACCUGUAA